AUGCUAAGAAAGAAUGAAGAUCUAUCUAAAACUAGUUAAUUUGAGGACCAAUUGUAGUAGUUAAUGAAGUAUGACAACAGGAAUAAAGAUUAAGAGUUUCUCCUAUUUUCUAAAUUGUGUUAACAAAAGAAGUAUCUUGAUACUGUUAAUUUCAUUAUUGCCUAUUGUUAAGUAUUAAAAGAUUAAGCCUAUAAAAUUAUUGCAUGUCAAGGCGAAACUGACAGCGUCUAAGGAUUAAUGACUUAUAUAGAAAGUAUUAUAUAUGCCUCUUAGAUGUUGAACUUGAAGCAAUCAGAAGAAUUCAAUUAAUUUUUUUUAUUCUAUUUCAAAUUAGAUGCAAGUAAUUUAAAAAAUGUAGAACCAAAAAUAAAAGAGAUGUAUUAGUCCUUCCUUCCCAAUUUUGAUGAGAUUAAUUAAUAUGCCCAAACUUUUGCAAUGAAAAAAUAAAUUAUGGAAAGUGAUUUAAAUUAAUCUGGAAAUCAAUUUAAAAUUAAUUGUUAAUAAUAUCCAUAAAUAUAACAGAAUACGAGCAAUAUAGGAACUUCUUCUCAUGGAAAUCUCAAAAUAGACGAUUAAAUCAUUCAAACUCAACCUACAUAUGACAUAUAAACAAGUUUUAUCAAUGAUGAAAAGAAAAGUUUUAAUUUAAAUCUCCGUACGAUAUCUAUCAAAUUCACUCAAAGAAGGAAUUUUGAGUUAUAAAGAGAAUUAUUAUGA